UAUCUAAUAAUUCUAUCCCGUCUCCAACUAAUUGAUUUUAACGAGAGGGGCUUUUGAAUUUUUUUGCUCAACUUCCAAAUCGUCGCCGGCGAUAUAAACCCUAGAUUUGAUUCGCCGCCGGUUAUAUCCAGCAAUGUCGUUGUUGACCCCACAGCAACAACAGACGCCUCAGUCGCUUUUUCAAACUCAGCAACAGUUGUUUCAGCCGCAGCAAACCAAUUCCAUCUUCUCCCAAUCGCAACCGCAGCAAACCAAUUCCAUCUUCUCGCAAUCGCAACCGCAGCAGCAACAGCAACCGUCGUUGUUUCAGCCGCAACAGUUCCAGCAGCAGCAGCAGCAACAACAAAAUCAGCAACAGCAGCAGCAAGUACAACAACAGUUGUAUUUGUUCACCAACGAUAAAGCUCCGGCGAAUUACAGUACCAAAUGGGCCGAUCUUCAUCCCGAUUCUCAGAAACUCUUGCUUCAGAUUGAAGAGAAGAUAUUGGAGCAUAGAAGUGAAAGUCAGAGAUUAGAUCAGUGUAGUCGACUUUAUGAUUCUUCUGUAUCCAGUGAAGGGUUUGAGUUUGAUGCUAGCCGCAUUGUUCAGGAGCUUGGUGGGAUUAAUACUGCCAUGGACCGACAAAAAGCUGUUCUCCAUGAGCUUAUGAUUGUUGCCAAAGAUAUGCUGCGUAAUGCGGAGAUUGCAGUUCGGUCUUUUAUGAUGCUGCAGCCAAGAUUUCCUCAUUGGAAACAAGGAGGAGGAGUUGUUAGUGUUGGUUCUCAACCAUCCCAGGGGCAGGGAACAAAUCCAGCUCCAGCUUCCUCUGGUCAACAACAAGCUGUUACUACGACGGUUCAAGUUUCUGAUUUUUACCGUGGGAUUCCAAAGAAACCAACAGCUUUUCUACUGCAAACAGUUGGAAGGUUUGAGAAGUAUCUAAAUGAGUGCCGCCAAUGGGUUGAAGAGCUGGAGCAAUUACUCGCCUUGGAUUCUGACAAGUAUAAUCGACAUGCUUCCCUUUUAGAAUCUCUUCCAAAAGUCAUGUCUAAUGUUCAUGACUUCUUUGUUCAUGUGGCUGCUAAGGUAGAGAGUAUUCACCAAUAUAUUGAAUCAAUGAGAACAUCGUAUCUUGCUGACCAGCGCCGAAGAGGAGAAUGCCAUGAUCCGUUUCUUGAGGCUGAUCGAAGGGAGACAGCAAAGCAGGAAGCAGCUGCUAAAAGAGUCCAUCCAACUCUGCAUCUUCCUGCUUCUACUACAAGUACACAACCCUCAACACAGGUUACUGGGUUGAUUGCCAGCUCAGCCACUCCCGGGGCUUCAAAUCCUCCACAGACAUCUGUUCCAACAUCAAACCCUUCUUCAGGAGCUGGUUUUUCGUUUCUCAACACACCUGCUUCUGGACCUUCGUCUUCUAUCUUUGCUACACCAUCUUCUACUGCUCCUACCUCGUCUUUGUUUGGACCAUCCCCUACUGCCACACAGACGCCACUUUUUGGGUCUUCCCCGGCUUCUACAUUUGGUUCCGCUCAAUCUUUGUUUGGCCAGACAACUCCAUCACUUGCUAUGCCUUCACCAUUUGGAGGUGCUACACCAGGAUCAGGAGCCAGCUUUGGUUCUAUGACAAAAUCUUCAAGGCCAAAAUCUCGAACUACACGCCGUUAGACACGGGGUGUCCCAAGUUUCAUCCAUCAGACAGUGACAACACAUCGUUUACAUGGCUGGAGUUCAUCGUCACUUGGUGAAGUCGAGUUUGGUGCAAGUCGAAGGAGAUCCGCAUUCUCUGAUGCACCAGUUUGUAUUUGUGGCGUUAUUCAUUGAAUUGAUGAUUGAAUGUUCUUAGAAAGCACUAUCUUUGUACCUCAUCUUGACAAUGCUAUUGUUGUAGAAAUGAGUUUUUUUUUCA